AUGGUAUGGGAGAAAACUCUAGCGGAAUCAGUCCAAGACGUGAAAGACGAUUUCAUGAUGGCUGUAAAGAAAGCGAUCAUAGACUUUGUCCUUCAAGAUCCAUCCUUUGUAAGGACAUCCGCUGAAAUAGACAAUGCUUUCAAACAGGAGAUGAAGCAAACUGGGACCAGUUUUAGGGCAAACUUCGCAUCGGCGAAAGUCAAGAUUGCAAGAAACCUGCAUAUAGAAUUCAAGUAUAUGGCGAAUAAGCACAUCGAAAAAUGCAAAGCUACCUUUAUGGACCAGUAUUUUUACCAAGUGACGGACGUGUUUUUGCAAGGAAAUAAAAAAGGCAAACUGCCAGAUCCUAGUAAGAUGAGGAAAGUGGUGUCUUUCUACAAUGCUGUAGCUGCUAUUAUGACGCAUCACUUGCAAAUGCUCUGCAUGAAGUCGCUCUACGACUAUGUCAAGUAUAUAACUGAUGUUAAGGUGAGUUCUUCAAUAGCUAUUUUGUACUGA